GCAACGCAAGUUAAGUUCUUUUUACUGUUCAAAGUAGGCAAUGCAACCAAGCAAAGCAGCCAACACCUUUCCCAGCUCUGCUCGCCCCCGCAGUCCCUUUUUUGGGAAAUGCGCGCGCCCCCGACCCGCCGCAGCCGGGGAAGAAUGCUCGUGCCUUUAUUUGGAAGAGAGCGGAAGAGCGAGAGCGCGCGCGCGCUCCCCGCGGGUUGUUUCGUCACACGCAUCAAUCACAGAGCCCGGAGCCCGGAGCGCGAACUCGCGAGCGGGGCUGCGGCUGUGUCAGAGACGCCAGCCUGGUCGAGAGGCAGUGGGACCUGUAUCAUUUAUACACACAAGCUACUUCGCCUGCAGCAGAAUAUCCAUAAUGGCUGAGUUAGAGGACUUGGUGGAACGGUUGGAGAAAUCUGUGGAAAGACUGGAGUUAGCAUCUUUUAAAGUACCGGGUGUUCUGACCUCUGGUUCCAAUGCAGUGAAUGGAGACAGUGGAGAUGUGGCACCAUAUGUGGAAGCUUUCGAUGUAAUGCUGAUGGGGGUUGUUGCAGACUAUAUGAAGCACAGCAAGAUCCUUGGGGAAGAUGUGGCACAGCACGCAGAGAUGUUCAAAGCAGCUUUUGAUACCCAGAGAAAUUUCCUGUUGAUGGCCUGUAAGCACCAGCAGCCCCUGGAGAAUGAGAUGAAUGUGCUCCUCAAGCCCAUGUCUGAUAAAAUGCAGGAAAUUCAGGACUUUCGGGAGAAGAACCGUGGUAGCAAGCUGUUCAACCACCUGUCAGCUGUUAGUGAAAGCAUCGCAGCAUUGGGCUGGGUUGCAGUGACCCCUAAGCCAGGUCCUUUUGUUAAGGAGAUGAAUGAUGCUGCCACCUUCUAUACUAACAGAGUAUUGAAGGAGUUUAAGGACAUUGACAAGAAACAUGUAGAAUGGGUCAAAUCCUUCCUCAGUAUCUGGACAGAACUUCAGGCCUACAUCAAGGAGUACCACCCCACUGGGCUCUCAUGGAAUAAGGCUGGUCUGUCAACAUCUGCACCAUCUUCUAGUGCUUGUCCACUGGCUCCACCUCCUCCCCCUCCUGGACCCCCUCCUGUCCUAUCGUCAGAAACACCCAAGGAUGAAGCUCGUUCCCAGCUGUUUGCUCAGCUUAACCAAGGGGAAGGCAUUACUAAGGGCCUUCGCCAUGUCGCUGAUGAGCAGAAAACCCACAAGAAUCCGAAUCUUCGUUCACAGAGUGGACCUGUCAAUUCGCCAUCGAAAACUUGCUCGCCUAGUCCUACGUCUCCCAUGUCUCCUCUGCAGCAGCCAAGAACACCUAUGCUGGCAUUAGAAGGAAAGAAGUGGAGAGUGGAAUAUCAACAGAAUGAAAACAACCUUGUCAUUUCUGAGGCAGAACUGAAACAUGUUGCCUACAUCUACAAGUGUAAUAGCUCUGUGCUGAAAAUUCAAGGCAAAAUCAAUUCCAUUACAAUUGAUUCCUGUAAAAAGCUUGGCCUUGUGUUUGAAAACGUAGUGGGAAUAGUUGAAAUCAUCAAUUCACGGAAUGUGGAAAUUCAGGUAAUGGGCAAAGUACCGACUAUAUCUAUUAAUAAAACAGAGGGCUGCCACAUAUACCUCAGUGAAGAGUCACUGGCAUGCGAGAUUAUCAGUGCCAAGUCUUCUGAAAUGAACAUCUUAAUUCCUCAAGGCGAAGAUUAUAAAGAGUAUCCAGUUCCUGAGCAGUUUAAGACCACAUGGAAUGGGACAAAGCUAUGCACUGAAGCAGCAGAAAAUGUUGGCUAACCAUACAUUCUAUGAGCUAUUCCACAAUUCACAUGUGGUAUUCUAGAGUUACGAAUCACUAUAAUGCAAUUUUACACUUCGUGCAACCAUAGCAAACAAUACUACAGUAGUCAGACACCUUGCAGUAACUGCUUUGCAAUAGGGGUGCAAUGAUUGGCAGUCUUACUGGCUCCGUAUGUCUUUAGUAACAUAAGUUACAACCCACGUACUGUACAUACUUUGAGUGUAAUUGCCACCUUUGUACUUACUGUGCUUAGUUUGACUAAAUCUCACCUAGUUCUUUGAUCUAUUUAGUAAAUUAUUUCAGUUCAUUUGAGAAUUAGUCAUUGCAACCCUUUGUUAUGGUGAGUGCAUCUGAUUUUUGCUGUUCUUUUUAAACAUGGGGGGAGGGGAAGCCAAACUUAACCUUUUUUUUAAACAAAAUAUUUCAAUUGAAGUUUAGUCCAAAGUCAGCAAGACCGGUAAUGUGUGACUGCUCGGCAAUAGUUUCAGUCAAAGUUCUAAAUAUAUCUCUUUGUACCCAAGUUAAAUUGUGCCAUCGUUGCAUAACAGUUUGCCUUAUUUUCUUGGUUGGACUACAGGUUGUUCUUUUGGAGAGUAACUGGAUAUGAAAUUAUGGUUUUUAAGUCGACUUUUUUUUACAUGAUAUUUUUGGAUUUUCUUUUUUUUUUCUUCUGUUGAUGUUAGAACUUUGCCCAACAAUAUCAAACCUCAAUUUGUAUCAGGGAGGAGGACUCUUCACUUACAUAAUGAAACAAACAUCUACUUUAAGGUGUCUGUGUAAUAAGAUGCAAACAGGAACAGCAAAUGUUAUAGUAGCUGUUAAUCUCUCUCUUCCCACGCUCCAAGCUUUACCUUGAAAUAUCCUAGUCAUUUUAUUAAAUUAUAGUUCAGAGGGUUCACUUCUGUAGAUUUGUAAUGUUCAAUGUUUUAUAUGUAGCAAUUGGGUCCUGGCAAUGAUAUUACAAUGUAAUGACUCGCUUAAAUCCGCAUUUAGCAGGACCACAAUGUGCUCACACAUCACAGCAGCAAGAUUAAUGUAAACUUUUACUCUUCAAAUUUCUAAAGUUUGUCCUCGACAUUAUCUUAGUGUAGAAAAUAGAUACAGACUGUUGUGAUGUAGUAUCGAGUUUGUUAUUGUUAAUCACAUUGAAGGAUUGGUUGUUGUAAUUCACAUCGCUGGAUGGUUUAAAGAUGCUUGUCUUGUCACACGAGGAGGAUGUCCUGAAAAUAAAAGUGGAAGUGUUGUAAGAU